CGAGAAUGUAUUUCUGCUAAUUAAUUCGCAAUUGAUUGUUUCAGAGACAUGUGAAAGAAUGGUACUUAUCGCUGUUUUUUUCCUGUUUGUUCUUUGCUGGAGACCCUCUGAUUGUGCAGUGUUGCCACAGUGGGUUUACAGGGUAAGAUCUUGCCCCGAUCCUUACAAUAUCAGCAUGUGGAUAACUGCGUCAAAAAGAAUGAACUGUUUGCAUAAGUUGACUUCAGUCGAUUCCAACGAACAGGCGAUGGUCUAUCAUUGUAUGCCUAGUUCCUUUCUAAACGAAACUGUGGAAUUUUGUGGCAGAAGUGUACCCGUAGCUCCAGGACAUUGUCCAAUCUACAAUUACAAGGUGGCACAAAACACCCGACCUACUUACUACACUUGUAGCAAUUUUACCUCAGGAUGUCCAUCGGCGAUGUUUAACUCCAAAGAAGUGUAUCAACAUCCAGAGUGUUUAGAAAUCGACAGCAAUAUGAAAUGCUUUAAAGCUGAGAAGAACUGUGCUCAUGAAUCAACUCUUUCCACUUCCACGAGAAAAAGAACUACUACGGAAAAACAGACAAUAAUAACAAUUUCAAUAAAAGGCGAUACCAAUUCCAGUCUCUGGGAUCCCUCUGAUAUUAUCGAAAAUUUACGCAAAAAGCACGCUCAAGAAAGAAAAACUUUGAUAAUCAUUAUUUCAACGAUUUCUCCGGUGUUGAUUGGCAUUUGCAUCAUUAGUUUGAUUUUAUAUAGACGAAACUACAAUGUAUUCAAAUAGCAAAAUCAAAAUCAAUGUUUUGAAGAAAUCGCAAUGCAUGCUGAAAAUGGCAAUAAUGAAGAGGAAGGAAGGACAGCUUUGUUGAGUAACAUGUACAAUGAUGCUAAAUUAUGGCAGUAUAAUAACUUUCUUCAAAAUUUGAAAAAAGGCAUGACAGCAGAAAUUGUCAACUUUAUAAAAUGUCGACUCCAAGAACAACGAGAAAAUGGACCUGAUGAUUUGAGUAGGAUUAAUGAGCCUAUUGAUUUGCUGAAGUACUUAGAAAAGAAGUACAAUACAUUUGACAACGUAGUCUACUUGCAAGGAAUAUUUUUAGCAUGUAAAGCUCCAAAGCUUUAUGACCGAUGUGUUGAAUAUGCAAAAAGCAGAGGAGAAGAAAUAAUGUACUUUGAAAAAAGAUUGUUAGAGAGAGAUCACACAAAGGUAAUAUAUGUUAUCAACUGCCCUGAUAUAUCAAGGUACUCGCGAACUGAGCUUGAAAAAUUACGAGUGAUGGUUGCAACUUUACUUAAUGCCCAGUUUGACGAUGUAAUUGUGUCUGGAGUAAAGAAUGGAUGCGUAAUUGUAACAUUUAUGAUAAGAAAUUACCUAAUUUCAAAACUGAGGGCACUUUAUACGCCUGAAAAAAGAAGCAUGACAUGUCAGAGGAUGUUAAAGCUUCGAUUAAAGUUCAAAGUUUUAAAAGUGAUCGUACAGGACGAAACUAUAUAUCCCUCAGAUGAUGUUUUGCCUCGAAAGAGAUCAAAUGCUGACGAAAAAACAAGUGAGAAAGACCAGGACGUUCCUUUGAAUUCUAACGAAGAAAUAGAAAGGACCGCUUCAUCUGUAGACAAAAUUUUGGAAUGCAAUGACAACGCAUCAUCGAAUCUCAAGGUUGGCAAUAUUUUAGAAUGCAAUGACAACGCAACAUCGAAUCUCCAGAAAAGGGACUUUGCCACAGAUAAAGUGGAAGGAAGGCCUUCACAAGGAUUACAAGAAUUCCACACUUUCUUAGAGAGAACUGGAAGCUGUAUUACCGACGACACUUUACAUGCAAUGAAAACUGUUUUGCGGGAUAUGACUCAUUUGGAAAACCUCAUGGACCAGGAGCGCGUUUGCAAAACUGAUGCAACUAGAAUGCUGAAUGAAUUGUCGGAUACGUUUAAACUCCAAUAUAACAUGAGGUUUCUUGAAUGGAUAUUUGAGAAAUGCGAAGAUCAUCAGCUAGUUGAAAAAUGUCGGAAAUUUUCAGCUGGAUAUAUAUUUAAUCUGAAAUGUUUCCAAACAAAUUUCAUUGCAUGUGGCCAGAAUCAACACUUGAAAUUCCAGCUUAUGAUGACUGAACUAGAAUCACACACGUCUGAUGUGCAAGAGCUCCGAAAUUGGCUAGCAACAUCAAUAAAUGUGCACCCUGGUCAAAUCAUAAUGACAGCUUUGCAAAGUGGACCGAUUGUUGUUACAUUCAUGAUGAAAGAAGCAUAUAUCAAAACCUUUCUAAAAUAUAUCAAAACCGACGAUGGACAAAUAGCUGCAUCAUGGAGAAGAGUACAAAAAGUAAUAAAAAAUGAGACAGUCAUCAGCAUUGACAAAGCCUUAAAUGGAUCCAACUUUAUAUAUGUACGUCUGUGCUACCAAAAAAAUUGUUUUGAAAGUCUCGGAGGAAGCGUGAGGACUGUAGCAUCGAAUAUUCUUAGAGAAACUGGAAUGUCUUUAGAUGAAGAUGAGGUUUUUGUAAGACAUGUCCAACCGGACUCAAAAGAAAAGGGUCCUGCAAGUUGCUGGACGCAAGAAAAUCAAAAACUUCUUAAAAAAAUAGAACCCACCAUUAAUCUCAUGGAGGGGGAUCCAAACAAAGUUUUUACUUCUAGACCUUGGAUGGACCAGAGGAAAGGAAAAAAAAAGAGGAGGCCAAGUAAUUCCAAGAGUUUGACCACGAUUAGCAGCGCUUUGGACUUCUCAGCCAUUUUUGACAGUCAUAAAAAAUAAAGAGGACACACUGCCUGCUGCUGAAUUUUUAAAAUUGUAAAUUUGUAAAAAUGCACAUUUGUAAAGGGCAUACCGGU